GUUAAAGAACCAGGAAGUGAAUGCUUUCCCCGAGGUGUUUACAAAACAGUCUAGCUUGGGUCUUUACUAGGAGGCUUUCCUUGGAUUUUAACAAAUAUUUGGGGAGGCUAAUUUAAAAAAAAAUGGCAAAACUUCAGCUUUUGAAUGCUUACCUCACCGAGCGGUUAAUGGUGGCUGUAGAUGAGAUACUGGAGGUUGUUGGGGGGACAGUGUCAGAAUUCGAGGAGGAGACUGCCCGGACGAAGAGAGAGAAUGAACUCCUAAAACGAAGGCUACGAGAAGUUGGACUCGACACGGGAACGGAGUGUUCAGCAGUCCAUCCAGUCUCGACCAGGCCUGUUUCUCUCUCUGUCUCUGGGCAGCACCAGUGGAGCGCCGACCAGGGUCCAGACGCUGAGUCUACACACACCCAGAACCACAUGGAAAUGAGCCAGGAUGAGAUGCCUGCCACACAUAGCCAGCUACCCACAGACUGCACCGAGUGGAAGAGUCUGUGUAACUCUCCAUGUACCCUGUCCUCACAACAAACCGAUACAUCGGCUACCACCCCAGUAGUAGCUCCAUUGACUUCAGCGUCUGUGAAAAGGGACUUGGACGAAGAAGACGACCAGCAUCUCCUUCCCUCUGCAAAUCCCUUCAGCAGCACAUCAUGCCCCGUGGACAGAGUGGUUUUACACUAUAACUCUGAGGGCAUCAAAACAGAGCCUAGUGAUACCAGCCCUACUGACUUGGGGUCAGUUUCUGCUCAGAUGGGGUAUGGUGAACUAAACACCAGUUCGGACCCUGGACCAGCCACUGUUGAAACCAAUUACACUGUCUCAGACCUGAGCGCUGACCUGGAGUCAGUGGUUGCAGAGAGCAGCCGGUAUGGUGCCUCCACUGCCUCGGGCGUCCCCACUGACCUGGUAUCAGCUAGUGCUGCCAUGAUCUCAGACGGCUUUUUCCGUCAGAUUGGCAGCGAUGGUUGUGUAACAACAGGGCCAGAACAAGACUUUGGGGACGCCACCACCACCAGUACCGUAGGUCCCUUGACCUCCCAGUUCUACCAGGGUCAAACCAGACGUCAACAACAAACAAAUAGAUCAACAAAUAGGUGUCAUCAACAAAUAAACAGGUCCACAAACAACAGGGGUCAACAACAAACAAACAACAGGGGGGAUCAGAGGUCCCACCCGUGCCCUCAGUGUGGUAAGAUAUUCAGUCACGUGUCACGCCUCAAGAUCCACCUCCGCAUUCACACAGGGGAGAAGCCGUACGUUUGCGCACUGUGUGGCAAGCGAUUCAACAACGAUGGCACACUGAGGAACCACCGGCGUGUUCACACGGAGCUGCGUCUGUAUGGCUGCCCUGUCUGCGGCAUGAGCUUCAAGGACGCCUACACGUGUAGGAAGCACCAGCGUGUUCAUAAUGGAAUGCGGCUUGCCGGAGGCUGGGCCCACACCUGCAGCUUGUGUGGCAAGGCUUUCAGUGAGGCGGCUAAGCUGACCAAACACAUCAGGACUCAUGUGUCAGUCAUUGGAUGAGGGCAGUAUGACCUAUAAAGGCUUUUUAUAGCAUACAUAAAGGAUUUAUAAGCACUAUAUAAAUGCUUCACAUAUAAUCUAUAAGCGUAUGUUAUACACUAUAAAGGGUGACAUAACAAUUCCCACUGUUGGGUUUAUUGCCAAAUGUAAGUUAAUAGACCAUUUCUAGAUUAUGACUUACACUUAUGAUUUGUAAAGCCUUUAAGUAGUGCUAUAUAAAGCCUUUAUUAUACUUUGCAACGGAGCUCCCAAGUGGCGCGUCCUGCUCAGGCACUUCACCCGAAGUGCAGAGGGGUGUCACUACAGCCAGCCGUGACCGGGAGUUCCAAGGGCGGUGCACAAUUGGCCUAGCACUGUCCGGGUUAGGGGAGGGUAGGUUUGGCAGGGAAUUCCUUGUCUUAACUUGCUCCAGCGUCGUCUUAUGGCGGAUUGGGCACCUGCAUGCUGACUAGGGUCGUCAAUCGAACGGUGUCCCGUCCAACACGUUGGUCCGGCUGACUUCCGGGUGUGUAUAAGAAGCAGUGUGUUUGUCCAAUCCUCACUUCUCCCGACCCCUUUGGGGAGUUGCCGCAAUGAAACACAAUUGGAUACCUCAAAAAUGCUUUCAUUUCUAAACGGUAAACAUAUGUAUGAUAAUCUCAAAUCCAAAAUGCUGGAGUAUAGAGACAAAUGUUUUUUUUUAGCUUCACUGUCCAAAUACAUAUGGAGGGGAGUGUAUGACCAUGGCUGCACCAGCUUCAACGGGACAUGCCUUUGUGUGCUCUGUCUGGCAGAUAGCUUGCAUCCCUCAUCUGAUUAUACGGUCAUCAGCGAACCCACAAGCAGUAGUUGAAGUCAUCAUCAGAUGGGAUGGACUACCUUAAACAAGCAGCAAGUGUGCGUGUAGACUUUUUUAAAUUUGUAUGUUUUAUUUUACUGUAUGCGCGUAGUGCAUGUUUUUUUGUGCACCAGCCCAUCCAAAGGACAGUGGGGCUCAGUCUGUUACAGGGACGUUAUUGACUUUUGCUGUGUUGUAGUAUUGAUCCACUUCCUGCUUGUGACUCUAGGGGUGGAGCCUGCUGACCGUAGAGACUGCAGAGGAUGAACCAUGGGUUGAAGACAUUGGUGUCAAACACAAUUCCUAGAGAGCCGCAGUCAGUCUGCUUGUUUUCUGUCUUAAAAAAAAAAAAAUUGACGGUCUGAUCUAGACCUGCAUGAAAAGCCGGGGUCAUGUUCACUUGAAACUAUUUGAACUUGUCCAAUAACAGUCAUUGAUUCAUUAAGUAAAAGGAAGGAACCAAAACCCACAGACACUGCAGUGCAGAAUCUAAGGACUGGAGUUUUACUCAUGUGGUUUAGGAGUCCAAAAACACAUUCCUUACCCCAGGUGACUAUACAGGAACAUUUAAGGAAAAGGAGCACCCCGUGUCUGCACUGAUCUGAGAAUUUUAUUUUUGGAAAACACAAACCAGCUUAGGAUGCCUUCAUUAGAGUCUCACCAUGGUCUCUGAUAGCAAGUCCUCAGACUUCAAGACUUAUUGUGGCGCUGAUAGUUCAGAGCCUAAUGUACAGUAAAUGGGAUUAUUUUUAAA